AUGUCAUCUACUGGUGUUGGUCCACAGUGUUUUAUCAAGUCCAGAGUCAACGCAGCUGUCUACCAGGAGGUUUUAGAACACUUCAUGGUUCCUUCUGCUGACAACCUUUAUGGGGAUGCAGAUUUCAUUUUUCCAGCAGGAUUUGGCACCUGCCCACACUGCCAAAAGUACCAAUACUGGUUUAAUGAACAUGGAAUUACUGUGCUUGAUUGGCCAGCAAACUCGCCUGACCUGCACCCCAUAGAAAAUCUAUGGGAUAUUGUCAAGAGGAAGAUGAGAGACACAAGACACAACAAUGCAGAUGAGCUGAAGGCCACUAUCAGAGCAACUUGGGCUGUCAUAACACCUCAGCAGUGCCACAGGCUGAUAGCCUCCAUGCCACGCCACAUUGAUGCAGUUAUUAAUGUGAAAGGAGCCCCAACCAAAUUCAACCCUCUGAAGGCGCUGCAGCCCAAACGCCGAUUGCAGCAAAUAUUGGCGUCCUCGCCCGUCCCGGUGCCCAAGCCGGAGUCAGGGUCGGGGACUGCUGCAUCAGCAGCCACAGCGCCAGUGGCCAUUCCUGUGCCUGCGCCCCCUGCUUUUGACUACUGCAGGUUCAUAGAGCUAGACUACGUUCCCAUGGAGACAGGCUAUAUGGUUUCAAUGCGCCCGACUAAAGGCUAUACAUCGACCAAGUCGCCAACUAAAGGAUACGCUUCCACCAAGCGGACUCCAGCCGCGCCCAGUAAUAGAGAUCCCUAUGGCAACACCUCCCUCAGCAGCAGCAGCAACUCAGGUUCUUGUAAAGGCAGCGACUGCAGCCCCACCAAAGGACGUCACCAGAAGUACACAUCAUGUACAGACAACCAUGGUAUCCGGCCGCCUCCGCCAGAGCAGUACCUCACACCCCUUCAGCAGAAGGAGGUGUGUAUCCGACACCUGCGGGCCAGGCUAAAGGAAACCAUCACCACUCUUCAAGACAGGGACACAGAGAUAGAUGAGCUGAGAGGGCAGCUUUACAGAAUGCAGGAGGACUGGGUUGAGGAGGAGUGUCACCGUGUGGAGGCUCAGUUGGCCCUAAAAGAUGCACGUCAGGAGAUCCAGCAGCUCAAACAGGCUGUCGACACUGUUCGGGCCAGGCUCAGUGAAGCUGGGGGGCUCAGUGGGGACAUAGGGGUCCAGAAGUACUUCCAGGACAUCAACACUCAGAACCACAAGCUUGAGAACCUUUUGCUCAGCAUGGAGAUAGCCCAAGCUGGAUUAGCUAAGGAGGGGGAAGGCAUACCAGGCUGUCGGAUCCGUGUCGGAGGUUCAGCACCGGCAUCUGUAUCAGGGGAAAGUCCAGGAGCAAUACCCAAACCAGCAGUAGGUGGGAGGGGGUCUUGCUCUUGUGAUGGUUCCCCAGCUCGUUCUCUUACCCGGAGCUCCACCUACACCAAGCUGAGCGAUCAGGCGCUGGCAGACCGGAACGGCAAUGGGCCAGACUUUCCAUGUCUUUCAGGUGAUGGUACCCAGGACAGUGGCUUUGGAUGCGGUGGGGAGAGCAGCGUCCCCAGUCGGGCUGACUUACUGCUGGAGGCUGCCUUCCUCUCUGAGGAAACAGCAUCUUUACUCAACUCCUACGCACAGAUGCCACACUCUUCCACCUAUGAGAAGCUUUGCACAGGGGAACGGAUGGCACCAUUUCGUUGCGGCCUGGGCGGAGUGAGCUGUAUGAGUCACCCUUGCCUGUCCCACCAUCAUCUGUACCUGCAUCCUCUGCGGGAGACAGGCAUUCAGACUGAAAGCUGUCCCAUCCCUGCAGCAGGAUACCCUUCGGACCUAGACACCAUCGCAGAGCAACGCACUUUUCGCUCCCAAGCCUGCAGCCCCACCUCCACCUGGAUGUCUGAUGAGGGGGAGGAGGAGCUAGACUCCAUCACUACCACCACUUCAGUAACCACAGCGACGGUCAUGAGCACAGCCACAGAACCGAUCCCAGUCUCCAAAACGCCAUUGGUUCCUCCCUUACCACGGUCUGCCACUGUGGCGUGUUCGAUGGAGAGUCCUCUGUGCGAGAAGGGUGGAAAAACACUGGAAAACCUCAACCUGGAAGACAGGCACCAAGAAGUUGAUCGAUUAGCAGGAUCAACACAGACAGACACAGCAGAGCUGAGUCCAAGUCACCCAAGACCAUCACCAGGCAUAGAACAGCCUCAUACCUCCCAGCCAAAAAGAUCCACUUCCCAUGAGGAGAUAGCAGGAGAAGAUAACCGACCAAGAAAAUCUACUUCUCAUGAGGAGAUAGCCGGUGUCAUUGUGGUGGAGGUGCAUGAUAGCGAGGAUGAUGACGAAGAUGAAACUAAAGAGCAAGGUGCCACAGGGGGCGAUACAACAGAGCAGGAAGACUCCACCUCUGGGCAAGUUCAGAAGAGCUACUGGAGUCGUCACUUCCUGGUCGAUCUGCUGGCGGUGGCCAUCCCUAUGGUGCCAACUGUGGCGUGGCUCUGUCGUGGUCCAGUCAGAGGUAGACAGCCCAUAUAUCAUAUAGGGUCGUUGCUGAGGGGCUGUUGCACUGUGGCACUGCACUCGCUGCGCAGGGGAGGUGGAUUGAGGCAUUACCCCGCAGGCGGGGGAGACAUGGGUGGAUCACAGAUAUAA